GUAUUAUUAUUGUGAGUAAUCUACCUGAUCUACUGAGUUCUUCAUGUUGUAGUAUAUUUUUAGUUAUUCUGAUUGGUGACGUUAUUUUUUAAUUUUAUGCAUCAUUUUAAAUUUUUGCAUGUCACUGUUUAGAUAUUUGAUUAUCUAUUUUGCAUUUUAGCUCAUUCCCACGAAGUAUAUAACAUGACUGUCAGUGAAUAUCAGGAGAAUUGUUUAAUGUAUGUCAUCAUAGUCAAUUGAGAGUAAUAAGCUUGUAAGGGGUGUAUUCAUUACUGUACAGUUCUUAAUUUCAUAGCUCUUGUCUUGCAGUUGAUCAUAAACAAUAUGUUUCAAGAUGACAUUGACAGAACUGUGAUUCAAUGUCAUGAUUUCAAUGGGAAGCAUUUUAGCAUACUUCUGAUUAUUCGAUCUUUUUCCAUGAGUUUCAAAUUUGGAAUGUUUUAAUGUCGCCUGUAUUUGUUGCUAAUUUAAAUUAUACUAUUAACUGUGGUAGUCAAUUGUAAAUUUAAUGUUUUCCUCUUGUGAAUUUUUCUUGUAAGGAGGUAUUUAGAAAGCAAAAAACAUGGCAUCUAGUUAUCGAACUGCAGUUGCAUCAAAAAUACAAAUUUCAUCUGAUGAAGGUGAAGUAAAUAGUAGUGACUCAAAUAGUGACGAUGAUGAUAUAUCAUAUAUGAAGAAGCGGGCAAAGACCAAUGCAAACAAUUAUUCAGAGACAAAUAAGCCUGCUGUACAAAACAAUUUUACUAAACCCAAAGGAAGUAAAAAUGCAAAUAUAUGGGGAUCAGUUCUGACUGAACAAAGUUCUCAGGAUAUAUCAACAAAUUUGGGAGCUGUUGGCAUGCAACAUCUAAUAUCCAGAGGUCCAGAAUCAUUUGAUCUUCCUUCACAUUUUGGACACAAAAGAAGAGAUGUUGAAUCUGAUUCCAAUGAAUCUUCUAAUGACGAAUCAGAGGAACAACAUAAUCAAUGUUAUGACACAGAAAUGCAACAACAUAAAACAAAUGAAGCAGGAAAAAAUGGGUCUCAUGCUCAAGGACGGCGACGAAAAAGGAAAGCGAGUAAAAAGAAAAAAAAUGUUCCGACAUUCAAGCCGGGCCAGGAGGUUAAUCUUAAUAGAAGAUGUGAACUGGCAGAUACAGAUCCUGUCGACAAAGUAGCAGAAGAAAUAGCGUUCAGGUUGUGGGAACGCAAAAAAGAUUUAAUUCGAUCUUUGACAGAAACUCUAGGUGUUAAAAAAGCUAUUGAUUUUUGCAACAAGACCCAAGAUAUUGAGAAGAGUGGGGGACUUUUAACUAUGACGGGGUUGAGAAGAAGAACUCCGGGUGGUACAUUUCUCUAUCUUAUAAGAAAUGAUCCCAAUUUAGAUCAACAGCAAAUUAAUAAUAUAUUCAGUGUAGAAUCUGAAAGGGAGCGAAUGCAAUGGGAACAGCGCAAAAUCGCUAAACGGAAAAAGAAACCUGAACCAAUGGAACAAAUCCCAAAUUCAUGGAGCAUGGCAGAAUCUAAAGAUGGACAUGAAAUGGAUUUUAAUACAAAUGACAUUUCCAUACAAUCUAGUAAUAUGUCAAAGACUUUUGUUGCUGAUUCGAACACUAACAAUGUGAAUAGCUUCUUUGAAAAUUCUUCGAAAGUAAUGGUCAGUGGGUUUCAAAAAUUACCCGCGGAACUUAGUGAUGGAGAAGUUGUCGAUACUGAUGAAGAUAUUGAAAAUUCUACCAGUUUUGGCUGACAACAGAAUCAAAUCCUGUGCUGCCUUCAAUUUAAUAAGCACAUAAUUUAUUCAAAAUAGAGCGGUUUUUAGCUCAAUGUGCUUCUAAAGCAUGAAGCCAGAAAUAUUUGAUUCCAUAACAUACUUUUUAUUUAAUGGCAACAAAUUUUCACAUAUUUAUAUACAAAAUAUUCAUGAUUUAAGGUUCAAAAUUAGAGGAUUUAUACUUUAGGAUCCAGGUUGUCAGAACCAGCUUCAAAAGCACCUGCGGUUUGUAUUGAACAGACUGUGUCAUUGAACUGCUGGCUGCCCUGAAUGUGGUUCAACUCCAGCGAUAUUCAUGUUGAGAAGGUUGCUGGUUGUUCAUGGGAUGUUUCCCACAGCUAUUGGCUCUCCUAUUGAUAUUUAUGCUUCCAACAAGUUUAAAAUUCACAGUUCCAAGACUACAUCAAAAUACCAACUUGAAGGAGAUAUUAAAAUAUGGCUAUCCAUCCAUACCAGCUACUUCAACUUUUAAUUGAGUAGUUUUAGCAUCAAGUCAGCCAGCCGGAGUACGAAGCACUCAUUUGUGCCUCAGGAUUGGAUGUACCUGUGAAUGCGAUAUAUUUUUCUAGCAUGUGCAACUUUCUGCAGGAGCCACUGUGCGAAUGAAGAGACAUCUGCUUCUAAUUGCAUGAUAAAUUAAUAUGAAUUAACUGUGAUUUAAUUGAAUUCAGAAUAAUAAAACAUUAUGUUUUUUUCAUUCACGAG